AAUGUUUUGUGUCAUGAAAAGAAUCAUUUCCUUGUUCGUAUCAUAAAUUUCCUGGAUGCCCAAAUCAAUUUUUUUCAGCCCUGAAAUUUUCCCAUUCCUAUUUGCAUGUAUAAAGGUAAAAAAAACUGAUGAAUCUGUUUUGGUUUUACAGAAAGAGCCAACCAGCACCUUGAAUGAGCCUAUGGCUGCCACAGGAGUUCAGUUGCAUAUUGAAGCUGAUCAUGCUGUCAUAGAUAAUGGUAUAGUAAAAGUCACGUUAUCAAAUCCUGGGGGACUCUUGAGAGGAAUAGAGUAUGGUGGAAUUGACAACGUGCUGGAACUUAACAACCAAGAUUUGAAUGGAGGGUUCUGGGACCUCAACUGGAGUGAAGCAGGAAGUCCAGGCACCAGGGGUAAAUUUGAUACGAUAGAAGGAACAAGUUUAAAGGUUAUAGUGCAAACAGAGGAUCAGGUUGAGCUCUCAUUCACAAGAAUCUGGAGCCCUUCAGUGAAAGGAGAUCAGGCUCCUUUAUCUAUAGAUAAAAGGUUUGUGGUGCUUCGUGGUUUCUCUGGUUUUUACUCCUAUGCCAUAUUUGAACACUUAAAGGACCUGCCUGGUUUCAAUCUCAACACAACCAGGAUUGCCUUCAUGCUUAGGAAAGACAAGUUUCACUACAUUGCCAUAACUGACACCAGGCAAAGAUUUAUGCCACUUCCUGAUGACAGGCUACCACCAAGAGGACAACAAUUGGCCUACCCAGAAGCUGUGCUUCUUGUUGAUCCAAUAGAGCCAGAAUUCAAAGGACAGGUGGAUGACAAGUAUCAAUACUCACUUGAGAACAAAGAUAAUCGAGUUCAUGGAUGGAUAUGUUUUGAUCCACCUGUUGGCUUCUGGCAAAUUACUCCCAGCAAUGAGUUUCGAACUGGAGGACCACCCAAACAAGACCUAACCUCCCAUGUCAAUCCAACCACCCUAGCUAUAUUUGUAACUUCACAUUAUGCUGGGGAAGAUCUUAUUGUAAAAUUUGAAGACGGAGAGGUGUGGAAGAAAGUCUUUGGACCUGUUUGUAUAUAUCUUAAUUCUGCGCCAAAGGGAGCAGAAGCACAAGAUCUGUGGGACAAUGCCAAAGAACAGAUGAACAAAGAAGUCCAGUCAUGGCCUUACACAUUCCCAGCCUCCGAAGAUUUCCCUAAGACUGAUCAGAGGGGAACAGUUAGGGGUAAUUUGCUAGUACAAGACAGGUGUGUUAACAAGGAAGCUAUGCCAGCAGCAGGCGCAUAUGUUGGGUUAGCACCCCCUGGAAAUGCCGGGUCCUGGCAGAGGGAGAACAAGGGCUAUCAAUUUUGGACAACAGUCGACCAAAGUGGCUCAUUUGCCAUUAGCCAUAUACGUCCUGGUGACUAUAACCUUUAUGCUUGGGUGCCUGGAUUUAUUGGAGACUAUGAGUAUGAUGCUGCAAUCAGCAUAUCACCAGGGUCCAACAUUGAUGUUGGUGAGCUCGUUUAUGAGCCUCCAAGAGAUGGUCCUACAUUGUGGGAGAUCGGCAUUCCUGAUCGCUCUGCUGCAGAAUUUUAUGUUCCUGAUCCAAAUCCAAAGUAUAUCAAUCCACUUUAUGUUAAUCAUCCAGAUAAGUUCAGGCAGUACGGAUUAUGGGAGAGAUAUGCAGAACUAUACCCUGAAGAAGACUUGGUCUACACUGUCGAUGUCAGUGACUAUAAGAAAGACUGGUUCUUUGCUCAAGUUAACAGGAAAGUAGGUGAGGGCACCUAUAAGAGCACAACUUGGCAAAUCAAGUUCAAGAUCGACAAUGUUGAUCAAACUGAAACCUAUAAGUUGAGGAUUGCACUUGCAUCUGCACACAAUUCUGACUUGCAGGUUCGGGUCAAUGAUGAAAUGGCAAAUCCACCUUUGUUUUCAAGUGGAGUAAUUGGUACAGACAAUGCGAUAGCAAGGCAUGGAAUUCAUGGCCUAUAUUGGCUGUUCAAUAUUGACAUACCAGGUUCUGAACUCUUGGAAGGGGAUAAUACUAUCUUUUUGACACAAGCAAAAAGCAGCAGUCCUUUCCAGGGAAUUAUGUAUGACUACAUUCGUUUGGAAGGACCCUUAUCAUUGAAUCCCUAACAAAAUUUAGUGUACAUCAUCUUGGUAUAGAAAGUUUUAACGAUCAUUAUUCAUAUUUUGUAUUGAACCUAAAAGGCUAAAACUGGUUCAGCAACUAGGUCAGAUGAAAUCAUUUUUGAUGGAGUUAUCCUUAUGUUUUUCCAUUUUUUCCAUUCUGCUCUUGUUUUUGCACCCUUGUUGAGGGAAUAAUUCUCACUGUAUUCCUGUAGCUAUACAACUUGAUGUCCUACGGAAAGGUACAACUGUCUGGUUUUCCCUAGGCAAUUAUGCAUUAUA